UUGGAGAAUUUGUAAUUGCCCCUUUGCUCGCAAACGAGGAAGGAGAAGAACUGAAUAUUUGCAAAGAACCAGAAGUUUGAGCAGAAAGUUUUUAUUGUUUUUCCAGUCAUGUCGAAGCAGCCUCCAGGUUACCCAAAGUAUGCACCUUCAGGUUACCCCCAGCAAUGUCAGGCAGGUUACCCAGGUAUGGUACCCCCAAUGUACCCCACUGGUCCAUACCCUCAACAACAGACUUAUCCCCAAAUGAACCAACCAAUGCAGCCAACAUCGUCACCAUAUGGGGUACCACCACCUCCAUACACCUCUACUCCACAGCAGAUGUACCCACAGGCUGGUGGUCCUCCAUCUUAUCCAGUACAACAGCGCUCCCACAUGCCAAUGCAAUCUUACCCUGGGGGGAUGAUGCCAGUUGCACAAGGCUCUUUUGAUGCUGGAGCAAGAUUUGGUGUUGGAGCAGCCCCUAAUAUUCCACCUCCCCCACCUGGCCACCCACCAAACCAUGCACAAAUGGCUGCAGCUCAAGGAAGGCCUGUCGUUAUGACACAAAAUCCUGAUAGCUGGAUAAGUGGUGGUUCAGAUGGUGGUUAUACAAUUUGGUAGAUGACUUACGCUCAGUCCUUACAUGACAUGAAGACAGCUAACCAAUUAUUUUUGUAAAACUUAACAAAACAUUACCUAACUUGUUCUUACUCAUUCCGACUGCUUUAUGAUCCUCUAUCUCAUGGCAAGUGAUACAUGAGAUGUUUAUGAAAUAACUAAAUAUUGCUCUGCAAUAUACUGACAACUACUUUUAUAACUACAAAUGUAUGCUUAUUGGGAAAAUAAAAUUCCCUGUAAAUUUAACCUCAUAAACUAUAGCUCUCUUCAUUGACAUGUAGGACUAGAAAGCUUUUCUGUCUCGCCGAGCAAUACAGCAUUCUUCAAAUAUUAAAUGUUUACAAAUAUUUUAAA